AUGUCGGGUCAACACACACACUUCUCGGAGGAUCCUCCUCAGAUCCUCAACCAGAAUGACCUGGACCUCGCCAACGAGAGGCUGAGAACCAACGGGUCACAUACCCAAGGCUCUAGCACUGACAACAUUGAAAAGCCAGAAGAAAAUCUGCCUUCUGAUAACAAUAACAAGCUGGAGAAGCUUGGAACUUAUGACAAGUACGAAAUCACAGAGGAUGACUGCUACGAGGAGCUCGGCUACUGCUUUCCCAAGUGGAAGAAGUGGUACAUCCUGACUGUCAUCUUCUGGGUUCAAGUAUCAAUGAACUUCAAUACCUCUCUUUACUCAAACGCCAUUCCCGGCAUCGCAGAGGAAUUCCACGUUAGCGAGCAAGCUGCUCGAUGUGGUGCCAUGAUCUUCUUGGUUCUCUAUGCUUUUGGCUGUGAGCUUUGGGCGCCUUGGUCAGAAGAGUUUGGCCGCUGGCCGGUCCUACAGCUCUCUCUGUUCUUGGUCAACGUCUGGCAGCUUCCUGUUGCGCUAGCUCCCAACUUUGCCUCCAUCAUGGUCGGCCGAGCCCUCGGUGGUCUCUCCUCAGCUGGUGGCUCCGUCACCCUGGGUAUGAUUGCCGAUAUGUGGGAAGCCGAUAAGCAGCAGUAUGCUGUCGCAUACGUCGUCUUUUCCUCUGUUGGUGGAUCUGUUUUGGGUCCCAUUGUCGGUGGCUUUACCGAGAAGUAUCUUGCCUGGAGAUGGUCUAUCUGGGUCCAGCUCAUUUUGGGUGGAUUCGUCCAGCUUGUUCACUGCUUCACCGUUCCCGAGACUCGAACCACCAUCCUGAUGAACCGCAUCGCCAAGAAGCGCCGUCAGCAAACGGGCCAGAACAUUUGGGGACCGGACGAACUUGUCCCAUUCAGAGAUCGCUUCUCGGCCAAGGAAGUCCUCACCACCUGGAUCCGCCCCUUCAAGAUGUUCCUUACCGAGCCGAUUGUCCUGGUUCUUUCUCUGCUCUCUGGCUUUUCCGACGCCCUCAUCUUCAUGUUCAUUCAGUCUUUCGCCCUGGUGUAUAAGCAGUGGGGAUUCGGUACUGUUGAGAUCGGUUUGAGCUUCAUUCCUAUCGGUAUCGGUUAUGUCAUUGCAUGGCUCCUCUUCAUCCCCGCUAUCAAGCGCAACAUCAAGGAGCGCAAGGCUAAGCCCAAUGACGAACGUGCUCAGUACGAAUCUCGUCUCUGGUUCCUUCUAUACACAGCUCCUUGCUUGCCAAUCGGCCUUAUCGGUUUCGCUUGGACCAUUCAAGGCCCUCCUAUCCACUGGAUUGGUUCCAUGAUCUUCGUCGCUAUUGUCGGUAUCGCAAACUACGCCAUCUACAUGGCUACGAUCGAUUACAUGAUCUGUGCUUAUGGCCCUUACUCCGCUUCCGCCACUGGUGGUAACGGUUGGUCUCGAGACUUCCUGGCUGGUGUUCUCACCAUUCCUGCUCUCCCAUUCUUCCAAAACAUCGGAAAGUCAAGCGGAAAGAACUUGGAAUACGCCAGUACUAUCCUCUUCUGUAUCUCCUUCGUCCUCGUCGUUGCGGUCUACGUUAUUUACUGGAAGGGCCCAGCUCUGCGGAAGCGAUCGCCCUUUGCCCAGCGGCUUGCUGACGCUCGUCAAGAGCAAACGAAUGAAGGCCGCCGCGGCAGCAUCUCAUAUGAUCCCAACCGCCGAUGUAAGUUAUUUCCAAUCUCUUUGCCUGUUUCAAGCAUUGAUGCUAAUCAUUCUAUCACAGCUUCCGUUACAUCAGCUUCUGGUGGCCGACCUGAGCCGCACAGGCGAUACAGCCAGCAGAACCGCUUCUUCGGUGAGAGCAGAGUUACUCCUCGUGGUACUCCCAGAGGUACUCCCGCUGCUAGCCGUCGCCCCUCUGUCGUCAACGCUACGAGGAAAUAA